AUGAACGAGACUGAGCUCAAGAGCCCAGUUCAGGGCGGCGGCGAACGCAUCCGUUGGGACGCAGACGAGGAGGCCGGCAGGAAGGCCCAUCGAUCAAAUCCUGACCCUGCUACUCUGCAUCAUGCUCGAUCAAACACUUCCAUGUCGAUACACUCUGUCCGGUCCAGACGUAAUUCGAUCGAUGUUGCUGCUGAGCUGCCCAUCCAGUACCGCACGGUGUCUAUUGAGAUUGAGGAAUACAAGUCCAAGUCCGAGGCGGUGAAGAAGGCCAAAAAUGUCGCAACAGACCUUUCGGAACUCGAAUGGCACACUAUCUCCGUUGAAGAGAUCCUUCGUCGCCUGUCUUCUUCCCUCACCGAUGGCCUCUCUCCGGAUCAGAUUACACGUCGCCAGGCUCACUACGGCAAGAAUGCGCCCUCGCCACCCCCUUCCCAUAACACGAAGAGAAUCUUCGGAUACUUCUUCAAAGGCUUUGGUACCGUCUUGCUGGUGGCGUCCAUCUUGGUAUUCAUCGCAUGGAAGCCCCUGGGUAGCCCACCGGCCGUUGCCAACUUGGCGUUGGCCAUUGUGUUACUGGCUGUGUUCUUCAUCCAGGCUGCGUUCAACAUGUGGCAAGACUGGUCCUCAUCGAGAGUCAUGAACUCUAUCAAGACCAUGCUUCCAGACAACUGCAUGGUCAUCCGCGACAGCAAUCAGGUCGAGCUUCUCGCUGACCAGAUUGUGCCCGGAGACAUUCUGAUCAUCAAGAGUGGUAACAAAUUGCCUGCUGAUGUGCGCUUUCUCAAGGUGUCAUCGGAUGCCAAGUUUGACAGAGCUAUCCUGACUGGUGAAUCGGUUCCUCUCCCCGCUGCAGUCGACUCUACCGAUAACAACUAUCUCGAAACGCGAUGCAUCGGUCUCCAGGGCACGCACUGCGUCUCGGGCACCUGCACUGGUGUGGUCGUGGCCACGGGUGAUAACACCAUCUUUGGCCGCAUCGCGAAGCUGACCAAUGAGCCCAAGAAGGGACUCACCACGCUGGAACGUGAAGUCCUCCACUUUGUGCUCAUCAUCUGCUCCAUCAUGUUCCUCAUGAUUGUUUUGGUCUUGAUCGUCUGGGCUGCUUGGUUGAGGCGGGUAUACCCCAACUGGAUCAACGUGCCCAACUUGAUCAUCUCUUGCGUGUCUGUUGCGGUAGCUUUCAUCCCUGAGGGUUUACCUGUGGCUUUAACCGCCAGUAUGACCAUCAGCGCCAACAUGAUGCGCAAGAACAAGAUCCUCUGCAAGUCUCUCAAGACUGUCGAGACUCUUGGCUCGGUCUCUAUCAUCUGUUCCGACAAAACUGGUACCCUGACUCAGAACAAAAUGAUUGUUACCGAAUGCGCCAUCGGAACGAACAAGAUGACGGCCCAGUCAGCCCGGGACACUUUGGCGAUCAACAAGCACUCAGCUCCUAAUAACAAUGCUCUGGACCAGCUCCGUGCUAUCGCCGGUCUAUGCAAUGCCGGACAGUUCGAUGCCGCCACCAUGCGCCUCCCUCUCCACGAACGGGUCAUUCAUGGUGACGCUACAGACCAGGCUAUUCUUCGCUUCUCCGAGAGUCUGGGACAGGUGGCUGAGCUCAAGCGUUGCUGGUCUACGAAGUACGAACUUGCCUUCAACAGCAAGAACAAGUACAUGAUUCGCGCGCUUGGUCUCUCUCAUCCUGAUGGAUUAUCCCUUGCUCUGCCCUCGGACACUGCCUCAGUCUUUCAACCUGGUGACGUUCUUUUGACAAUCAAGGGUGCCCCGGAGAUCCUGAUGAGUAGACUGAGCAACUAUGUUAGUCCUUCAGGAUACACCACUUCCCUCGAUCCCGCGACGCGUGCCUCCAUCGAAAAGAUCAAGGAUGAGUGGUCUGCCCAAGGCCGCAGAGUCCUGCUUCUUGCUCGCAAGGCCAUUUCCAGAUCAGCUCUUCCAAGCAACCCCUCCGACAGCGCGUAUGAGAUGGAGAUCAACAACCAGGCCAAGGCAGGUCUCACGCUCGUCGGUAUUGUUGGCAUCGUCGAUCCUCCCCGUCCCGAGAUCCCCGAAGUCAUGAACACUCUCCGAGGUGCCGGUAUCCGUAUUUUCAUGGUUACUGGAGACUUUGCCCUUACAGCCCAAGCCAUCGCUGCCGAGUGUAACAUCAUCAGCGUCCCUCGCUCCCAAAUCGACGACAUUUCCGCUCUGCAGCGCAAUACCACCGUCGAUCCUUCUCUCAAGGGGCACAUCGACGACCUCGAAUCCUCGCCUCGUCAAGCACUCGUACUGUCUGGUCCCGAGCUGAUGACCCUCAACGAUGACCAGUGGGACCAACUCGCUCAAUACCAAGAGAUCGUCUUCGCUCGCACAACGCCUGAGCAGAAGCUUCGCAUCGUCCGUGAGCUCCAAGCACGCCACCAGAUUGUCGGAAUGACCGGCGACGGUGUCAACGACGCACCGUCCCUCCGCGCGGCUGAUGUUGGCAUUGCACUCGGCUCUGGUAGCGACAUUGCUAUUGAGGCUGCGGACAUGGUUCUUCUCGACUCCUUUUCCAGCGUUGUCGAGGCUCUUCGCUACGGUCGCAUGAUGUUCGACAACCUCAAGAAGACAGUCGCGUACCUUCUGCCUGCGGGUUCCUUCUCGGAAUUCUGGCCUGUCAUGACGAACGUUCUCUUUGGCAUUCCUCAGAUCCUCAGCAGUUUCCUCAUGAUUAUCAUCUGUCUUUUCACCGACGCUGCUGCCGCCAUUGCAAUGGCCUACGAAGCGCCUGAGGCUGACGUCUUGCUUCGCAAGCCCCGUGUGCCUGGAAAGGAUCGCCUUGUCGACUGGCAGCUUGUAGUCCAGGCGUAUGGUCUGGUUGGCGUCCUCGAGACAUUGGCAAGUUUUGCCAUGUCAUACUGGUACCUGGAGCGCAACGGCAUCAAGUUCACCGACAUCUGGUUCUCUUUCGGUAAUCUGCCAUCGAACAUUGACCCAGACUUCUACCAGCAAAAGCUCAACGUCGCAAGUUCGAUCUACUUCGUCAACUUGGUUGUCAUGCAAUGGUUUAACUUGCUCGCUGUGAGAACUAGACGCUUGUCGUUGUUCCAGCACCCACCCAUCGGAAACAAGCGCACGCAGAACUGGUACCUAUUUCCUGCCGUUUUGUUUGCGCUGGUUAUGGUAUUCUUCUGGCUGUACGUGCCUGAGUUCCAAAGCACUCUCGGUACGGCGAUUGUUCCGGUCGAGUACUGGUUCUUGCCGAUGACCUUUGGUCUGGGUAUUCUACUCAUUGACGAGACAAGAAAGUAUGCCGUUAGGAGAUGGCCGGACAGCGUCUUUGCGAAGACAGCUUGGUAG